AUGCAAGGUGCACUGGCUGAAACACGGCCCCAGCAGGCGCAGGAUGUUGGGGUGCCGCAGCUUCCCCAUCACAUCACCAUCAUCUCUGUCUGGUUGGGUGGGGAGCAGGGGGAGGGGGAGGGGACAGUGCUCGGUGCUACGUGGAAACUGCAAGGGGGAGGGGGAGGGGACAGUGCUCGGUGCUACGUGGAAACUGCAAGGUACAAGGUGCAGCAGCAUGAAACACGGCCCCAGCAGGCGCAGGAUGUUGGGGUGCCGCAGCUUCCCCAUCACAUCACCAUCAUCUCUGUCUGGUUGGGUGGGGAGCAGGGGGAGGGGGAGGGGACAGUGCUCGGUGCUACGUGGAAACUGCAAGGGGGAGGGGGAGGGGACAGUGCUCGGUGCUACGUGGAAACUGCAAGGUACAAGGUGCAGCAGCAUGAAACACGGCCCCAGCAGGCGCAGGAUGUUGGGGUGCCGCAGCUUCCCCAUCACAUCACCAUCAUCUCUGUCUGGUUGGGUGGGGAGCAGGGGGAGGGGGAGGGGACAGUGCUCGGUGCUACGUGGAAACUGCAAGGGGGAGGGGGAGGGGACAGUGCUCGGUGCUACGUGGAAACUGCAAGGUACAAGGUGCAGCAGCAUGAAACACGGCCCCAGCAGGCGCAGGAUGUUGGGGUGCCGCAGCUUCCCCAUCACAUCACCAUCAUCUCUGUCUGGUUGGGUGGGGAGCAGGGGGAGGGGGAGGGGACAGUGCUCGGUGCUACGUGGAAACUGCAAGGGGGAGGGGGAGGGGACAGUGCUCGGUGCUACGUGGAAACUGCAAGGUACAAGGUGCAGCAGCAUGAAACACGGCCCCAGCAGGCGCAGGAUGUUGGGGUGCCGCAGCUUCCCCAUCACAUCACCAUCAUCUCUGUCUGGUUGGGUGGGGAGCAGGGGGAGGGGGAGGGGACAGUGCUCGGUGCUACGUGGAAACUGCAAGGGGGAGGGGGAGGGGACAGUGCUCGGUGCUACGUGGAAACUGCAAGGUACAAGGUGCAGCAGCAUGAAACACGGCCCCAGCAGGCGCAGGAUGUUGGGGUGCCGCAGCUUCCCCAUCACAUCACCAUCAUCUCUGUCUGGUUGGGUGGGGAGCAGGGGGAGGGGGAGGGGACAGUGCUCGGUGCUACGUGGAAACUGCAAGGGGGAGGGGGAGGGGACAGUGCUCGGUGCUACGUGGAAACUGCAAGGUACAAGGUGCAGCAGCAUGAAACACGGCCCCAGCAGGCGCAGGAUGUUGGGGUGCCGCAGCUUCCCCAUCACAUCACCAUCAUCUCUGUCUGGUUGGGUGGGGAGCAGGGGGAGGGGGAGGGGACAGUGCUCGGUGCUACGUGGAAACUGCAAGGGGGAGGGGGAGGGGACAGUGCUCGGUGCUACGUGGAAACUGCAAGGUACAAGGUGCAGCAGCAUGAAACACGGCCCCAGCAGGCGCAGGAUGUUGGGGUGCCGCAGCUUCCCCAUCACAUCACCAUCAUCUCUGUCUGGUUGGGUGGGGAGCAGGGGGAGGGGGAGGGGACAGUGCUCGGUGCUACGUGGAAACUGCAAGGGGGAGGGGGAGGGGACAGUGCUCGGUGCUACGUGGAAACUGCAAGGUACAAGGUGCAGCAGCAUGAAACACGGCCCCAGCAGGCGCAGGAUGUUGGGGUGCCGCAGCUUCCCCAUCACAUCACCAUCAUCUCUGUCUGGUUGGGUGGGGAGCAGGGGGAGGGGGAGGGGACAGUGCUCGGUGCUACGUGGAAACUGCAAGGGGGAGGGGGAGGGGACAGUGCUCGGUGCUACGUGGAAACUGCAAGGUACAAGGUGCAGCAGCAUGAAACACGGCCCCAGCAGGCGCAGGAUGUUGGGGUGCCGCAGCUUCCCCAUCACAUCACCAUCAUCUCUGUCUGGUUGGGUGGGGAGCAGGGGGAGGGGGAGGGGACAGUGCUCGGUGCUACGUGGAAACUGCAAGGGGGAGGGGGAGGGGACAGUGCUCGGUGCUACGUGGAAACUGCAAGGUACAAGGUGCAGCAGCAUGAAACACGGCCCCAGCAGGCGCAGGAUGUUGGGGUGCCGCAGCUUCCCCAUCACAUCACCAUCAUCUCUGUCUGGUUGGGUGGGGAGCAGGGGGAGGGGGAGGGGACAGUGCUCGGUGCUACGUGGAAACUGCAAGGGGGAGGGGGAGGGGACAGUGCUCGGUGCUACGUGGAAACUGCAAGGUACAAGGUGCAGCAGCAUGAAACACGGCCCCAGCAGGCGCAGGAUGUUGGGGUGCCGCAGCUUCCCCAUCACAUCACCAUCAUCUCUGUCUGGUUGGGUGGGGAGCAGGGGGAGGGGGAGGGGACAGUGCUCGGUGCUACGUGGAAACUGCAAGGGGGAGGGGGAGGGGACAGUGCUCGGUGCUACGUGGAAACUGCAAGGUACAAGGUGCAGCAGCAUGAAACACGGCCCCAGCAGGCGCAGGAUGUUGGGGUGCCGCAGCUUCCCCAUCACAUCACCAUCAUCUCUGUCUGGUUGGGUGGGGAGCAGGGGGAGGGGGAGGGGACAGUGCUCGGUGCUACGUGGAAACUGCAAGGGGGAGGGGGAGGGGACAGUGCUCGGUGCUACGUGGAAACUGCAAGGUACAAGGUGCAGCAGCAUGAAACACGGCCCCAGCAGGCGCAGGAUGUUGGGGUGCCGCAGCUUCCCCAUCACAUCACCAUCAUCUCUGUCUGGUUGGGUGGGGAGCAGGGGGAGGGGGAGGGGACAGUGCUCGGUGCUACGUGGAAACUGCAAGGGGGAGGGGGAGGGGACAGUGCUCGGUGCUACGUGGAAACUGCAAGGUACAAGGUGCAGCAGCAUGAAACACGGCCCCAGCAGGCGCAGGAUGUUGGGGUGCCGCAGCUUCCCCAUCACAUCACCAUCAUCUCUGUCUGGUUGGGUGGGGAGCAGGGGGAGGGGGAGGGGACAGUGCUCGGUGCUACGUGGAAACUGCAAGGGGGAGGGGGAGGGGACAGUGCUCGGUGCUACGUGGAAACUGCAAGGUACAAGGUGCAGCAGCAUGAAACACGGCCCCAGCAGGCGCAGGAUGUUGGGGUGCCGCAGCUUCCCCAUCACAUCACCAUCAUCUCUGUCUGGUUGGGUGGGGAGCAGGGGGAGGGGGAGGGGACAGUGCUCGGUGCUACGUGGAAACUGCAAGGGGGAGGGGGAGGGGACAGUGCUCGGUGCUACGUGGAAACUGCAAGGUACAAGGUGCAGCAGCAUGAAACACGGCCCCAGCAGGCGCAGGAUGUUGGGGUGCCGCAGCUUCCCCAUCACAUCACCAUCAUCUCUGUCUGGUUGGGUGGGGAGCAGGGGGAGGGGGAGGGGACAGUGCUCGGUGCUACGUGGAAACUGCAAGGGGGAGGGGGAGGGGACAGUGCUCGGUGCUACGUGGAAACUGCAAGGUACAAGGUGCAGCAGCAUGAAACACGGCCCCAGCAGGCGCAGGAUGUUGGGGUGCCGCAGCUUCCCCAUCACAUCACCAUCAUCUCUGUCUGGUUGGGUGGGGAGCAGGGGGAGGGGGAGGGGACAGUGCUCGGUGCUACGUGGAAACUGCAAGGGGGAGGGGGAGGGGACAGUGCUCGGUGCUACGUGGAAACUGCAAGGUACAAGGUGCAGCAGCAUGAAACACGGCCCCAGCAGGCGCAGGAUGUUGGGGUGCCGCAGCUUCCCCAUCACAUCACCAUCAUCUCUGUCUGGUUGGGUGGGGAGCAGGGGGAGGGGGAGGGGACAGUGCUCGGUGCUACGUGGAAACUGCAAGGGGGAGGGGGAGGGGACAGUGCUCGGUGCUACGUGGAAACUGCAAGGUACAAGGUGCAGCAGCAUGAAACACGGCCCCAGCAGGCGCAGGAUGUUGGGGUGCCGCAGCUUCCCCAUCACAUCACCAUCAUCUCUGUCUGGUUGGGUGGGGAGCAGGGGGAGGGGGAGGGGACAGUGCUCGGUGCUACGUGGAAACUGCAAGGGGGAGGGGGAGGGGACAGUGCUCGGUGCUACGUGGAAACUGCAAGGUACAAGGUGCAGCAGCAUGAAACACGGCCCCAGCAGGCGCAGGAUGUUGGGGUGCCGCAGCUUCCCCAUCACAUCACCAUCAUCUCUGUCUGGUUGGGUGGGGAGCAGGGGGAGGGGGAGGGGACAGUGCUCGGUGCUACGUGGAAACUGCAAGGGGGAGGGGGAGGGGACAGUGCUCGGUGCUACGUGGAAACUGCAAGGUACAAGGUGCAGCAGCAUGAAACACGGCCCCAGCAGGCGCAGGAUGUUGGGGUGCCGCAGCUUCCCCAUCACAUCACCAUCAUCUCUGUCUGGUUGGGUGGGGAGCAGGGGGAGGGGGAGGGGACAGUGCUCGGUGCUACGUGGAAACUGCAAGGUACAAGGUGCCGCAGCUUCCCCAUCACAUCACCAUCAUCUCUGUCUGGUUGGGUGGGAUAG